AUGUUCGUGCUUGUUGCAGCAGUGACGCUGGUGGUGCCGGCCGUGGCUUUGCUGCCACCCCGUCUGCUGUCCACCACAGUCGACGAACUCGUUAAGGCAGCUUCUAAUACCUGUGAGUCGCUCCCGCUGGACGCGCUAGCAUCUGGACAGAUUAUUCCUGAACUAAAGUUCUUCGAAUUUACGCAAACAGGGAAGAGAAAGUACUUAGUGUCGAAAGCACACACCAGGGGUUUUAGUCCUUCUUCGCAGCUAAUAAUAUACAUCCCGGGCUGGUGGAACACCCCCACAGAUGAAUCCUCCGACGCACUCGUCAAAGCUUUACUGAUCAAGAACCCAACAGUACUCAUAAUCGACACAAGAUCAUCCUUCAGAAGAGGAUACGUGUCCUCAGCUCUUCAAGUUAAUGGGAUAGCUCGUCGACUGUUCAACUUCCUUCAAAACCUUCAUUUUCAGGGCUAUCCGAUAUCUAGAAUACAUUUAGUAGGAUUUAGUUUAGGUGCACAUGUAGCUGGCAUAACGGGGAGGCUAGUUCAACAGAAAUUACAUAAUCGUCUGCAGAGGAUUACUGCGUUAGACCCGGCAAGACCGUGUUUCAUGAAGCCUUCCAAGUACAGGCUAAAGAAGGAAGAUGCGAGUUUCGUCUACGUUCUGCAUACGAGCUCUGGCGUCGUUGGUCUAGAGGAACCUAUUGGUCAUGUGGAUGUCUAUGUUAACGGCAUCACCUCAAAUCAACCCGAGUGCAAGGAACGUGCAAUUACGCUAGAAUGCGAUCACGCGCUGUCGUGGAAACUUUACGCCGUGUCAGUCAAGAACGAUAGCUUACUAAUCGGAAGUGAAUGUGUAACAUGGAACGAGCUCAGAAAUAGGAAAUGUAGUGGUGACAGAACUAAUGUAGGCUAUGGUUGCUCGUCGCAAACAAGAGGCCUGUAUCUUUAUACAACUCAGGAGGAAAGUAGGAGACUCAAGGUCUUUAAUCCUUUCGAUAUAAAAACAUGGUUUAAUAGAUAA